AGCGAGGAGCACUGAAGAGAGCGCACACGCAUAUUUACAUCCUUUGCAUCUCUUCUCUCACCCACUUCGACUCUGUCUCUCUCUCUUCCUCUCCCCCUCUUUCCCUCAGAUACACACACACUCGCACACACACACACACACACACAUACACAUGCACAGACAGACCCCCCUCUCACACAGGAGUAGAUAGAGAGCGGUGAAGAGCAGAAGGAGCUGGGUGGCAGAAGAGAGGCAGGAGGGCUGUUGUUGAUUGAACAAAGCCAGGAAAGGAGUGCGCAGUCCUGGGGAGAAGAGCAGCUGUGAAAUGCCUCGAAGGGAGCCUGCCAGCAACUCCUGCAGAGACCUGAAGGUGUUGCGCUUCAGCUGAGGAUGGCAGGAGACUCUCGAGUCCUCAUGGACCACAACAUGGAGAUAGGAGUCACACCUGCACAGGUGAAGAAGCUUCCUAAACACUUACGGGAGGCUCAGAUCUCAACAGAGCGAACCCACUUGAUAUCUGACCCAGCGAAGAAGCCACGUCAGCGGUACGUGCAGAAGGAUGGCAAGUGCAACGUUCAUCACGGAAACGUGCAAGAGACCUACCGAUACCUCAGUGACUUGUUCACUACGCUGGUGGACCUACGCUGGCGUCUUAGUCUCUUUAUUUUCACCUUGGUGUAUGUAGUCAACUGGCUUUUCUUUGGCUUUCUGUGGUGGCUGAUAGCGCUCAUCCGUGGGGAUCUGCUGCAUGCCGAUGAGGAGGGCUGGACCCCCUGUGUGGAGAACCUCAACAGUUUUGUGUCAGCCUUCCUCUUCUCAAUUGAAACAGAGACCACCAUUGGGUACGGUUAUCGCGUAAUCACAGAGAAAUGCCCUGAGGGUAUCAUACUGCUUUUGGUGCAGGCCAUCCUGGGUUCCAUUGUUAACGCCAUGAUGGUGGGCUGCAUGUUUGUCAAGAUCUCACAGCCAAAGAACCGCGCCGAGACUCUCAUGUUCUCACACAAUGCUGUCAUAUCGGUGCGAGACAACAAGAUGUGCCUGAUGUUUCGGGUGGGGGACCUGAGGAACUCUCACAUCGUGGAGGCAUCGAUCAGGGCAAAGCUGAUCCGCUCGCAGCAGACCAAGGAGGGGGAGUUCAUCCCGCUCAACCAGACUGACAUCAACAUCGGCUUUGACACAGGAGACGACCGGCUGUUCCUGGUGUCGCCGCUUAUCAUCUCUCAUGAGAUCAAUGAGAAGAGCCCUUUCUGGGAGAUGACACUGGCACAGAUGGAGAAGGAAGAGUUUGAGAUCGUGGUUAUCCUCGAGGGCAUGGUGGAGGCCACAGGGAUGACAUGUCAGGCACGAAGUUCCUACCUGGACACAGAGGUGCUUUGGGGCUACCGCUUCACACCAGUUCUUUCCCUGGAGAAGGGCUUCUACGAGGUAGACUACAACAACUUCCAUGAUGUCUACGAGACCAACACCCCCACUUGCAGUGCCAAGGAGCUAGCUGCUAAGCUUCGGGAAGGGCCACUAUUGCCUCAGCUUUCCAUCCUCAGCCCUGAGCCCAAAAUGCAUACUUUUGACCCUCUGAACCGCCUGUCUGAAGGGAACCCGCUCAGCCCGGAUGACGAUAAGGAGGAGAGAGAUUCAGGGGGUGACAGAGGAGAGACAAAUGGCUCAGCUGCUGCUUUGGAGGAUCUGCCCCUUGCUGAUGGACUGCCGGACUGAUGUGACUAAUAACCCAGGAUGGACUGGACAAGAGGACAGGACAAUAUAAAGCUUCAUUUAGUCAAUGGCCAGCUUGUUCCUUUGCAAUGCUUGGAGAUACAAGACAUCCUCAUGCAAUACUCCUCUACUAGUGUCAAUCUAUAGUAUAGAUUGGUUUUGUAGACACGUAAGUACACAUACACAGACACACACUUACAGUAUCUAUAUCUACACUUAAAGGUUGGUGGUUCAGAUUGUCUUUUUAUAAUCGUAACGACCACUUACUGCUGUAAUGGCUCAAGUUGUAUAAUGUAAACUUGAGCUGAAACUGGUAGCCAUGACAGAGUACCAUGGGCUUAUUAUGGAUACUCCAAUAUUCUCAUUUUAGAGUGUGUUGAUUCAGCUUCAUUUGAACAGAGUAUCAGUCUCAUAAUUCAGCUAAUGUGUCCAACAGCAGCUUCUGAGUAGUUACAGAACUUUGUUAUUGAUGAUUUUUUUUCUUUAAAUGUGGGAGAUUAUAAUUUCCUUUCUCUGUCAAUGUUGUUCUUAUUCUAUGUCCCACGCCCAGUUCACCCAGGAGGAAAUGUAUAAGGCUUCUAGUUUGUAUAGGCAAAGUAUGAAAUUGUUCUAAAAAAGGCAAUGUGCACUGGCAACCAUUAUCCAAAUUUUGUUCACACCUUCCUCAUGGUUGUACUGUCGUUAAUACCCACAUUGUGUGUGUCUGGUCAUCUCCACAACGUACUAGGAGCCUUGACCCAAAAGAAACCAGCUAGUACCUCAUUUUAUACUCAUUUUCAGGGUUUGAAAUCAACAAUAAGAGCUAGGCAAAUGCUGGUAAAUAAAAAAAACUGUAUGCUAACUGAUUAUUUUAAGAUCUUUUUGACUGGUUAAAGAUUUAAUUCUGCUUCCUGCUAAAACAUGAAUUCCAAGUCUUUUUCUUGGUAAGUAAAGCACAAUUUCCCAUGAGGUGACUCCACACUGACCCGCACUGUACGUCCCACCCCCCACAUAAUGGCUGAUGUAUGUCAGUCCUAGUUAUAAGUGGCAUUCAAAUGUAGUUUCAAAUAUUUAUAUUAUAUGAGACAUCUAUGCUGAACUGCUAUUUGAAAUGUUCUUGAUUCUUAUACACCACACACAUGAAUAUUUCAAGCGCUCCACAAGCAAAAUGAAAUACUCAGUGUAUCCUUUUAUGUUUGUUUUGUUGGUGUUUUAAAUAUUAAAAAAGACAUCAAACCUUGGUGUUUUUUCAGCUACAUAAAAGUUGAGUCUACUGAAGGUAAGAGCAGGUUUUCUGUCUAAUCUUACGAGUUCAAUAUCUGGCCAGCUCAUCACUGGCAAUAUUUGUCAUCUUUGUAGUUAUUUCCUCUGAACUUUUCACCUUAGUUCACGUCAUGAUUUGAAGUCUUCUUUGUCCACAAACACACACACACACACACACACACACGCUUGGUUCAAUCUGCACUUUGGCCCUGCUCCACAAUCCACCCCUGGGUCUUUUGCUUGAUAUAGUUUACGGCCCUUGUGACGACUGUUUUGGAAGCCGACACUUGUCCUGUGAGAGCCAUAGCCUAAAGUAUUUUUUGACUUUUCUUUGAAAGGACACAUGUCAGAGCUUGCAUGCAUGAAUCAACCCCCUAUGCGUCCCAUUGCUGAGUAAGUUUAAUACGGUAAGAAAUACAGGGUAUUUUCUAGGCAUGCAAAUUAUGAGAUUUCUACGAUAUAUUAUCAGAUUACGUAUUAAUAUUAAAUUAUUAUUUAUGGAAAGAAAAAUUCCUAAAACUUUAAAAUCUCCCACUCUCCAAUUUAAUGUUAAAUUGUUAUUUUUAUUUGAUUUGAUUUUUUUUUUUUUAUAACAGAAGCUUGUCCAAUCAAUGUAUUUAUUUUUACUGUGACAUUUUAGCAUCUUACUAUGUACUCCAUUUGCUAAACGAUACGUUUGUCAUUAGCGAGAGAUCAUCUUUCAUUGCUGGAAUGUCAUCUGUUGUCUGUGUGUUCUCAUGGGAAUAAACAUAAU